UUCUUAACUUCUUCUGCGUACUUAUCGUCAUCGACGACACCGGGCAUAUUCACCGCAAAUUGAAACAUGACCGAUGCUGCAGAUGACUGGGUUGUCGCUGACAGCGAGGACGAAGACUCCUUACGACCUCUUCAAAUUGCUGACCAGAGCGGCCUUUUGAGCGGAAACCCGUUUUCUACAGACCCAGAAAGGAUACUACAGCCGUCACUCAUUCAGACCGCCUCAUUUAUUACCAGUCAAGCGCGAACUCCCCAGCGAGGACGUGAACCUCUCGACAUAAGUAAUGCAUCUCUGUUUACGCCACCUGCAGGGUACCAAGACUCUGACCCACCAAAUAUUUCUCCGUCACUCCCUCGUGGCGCGGGAACACCUGUACCGAAGUCUAAACCACGUCCACGUCCCGUGCCACGAAAGUCUCGAACUACGAGCACCAUAUAUGAUGACUUCAUCAAAGACGAUGAAUUUCGUUCCUCUGGCUCACUCAUCAGUUCUGCAUCUGCAGUCCCAGCUAGUACCUUGGCUGCAGAUAGCAUCCGCCCUCCAACCUCAUCGUCUGCUGUCUCAGAACUCAUCGAGGAAGUCGAUCCUGCAUUUAGCAUUGCUGACCGAGCCAAGACGCGCACUCGGAAGACUCAGGUUAAGAAGCCGACUUACGUGUCUGUCAACCAUGAUGUGAUAGAGUUAACAUCGGAGUCCGACCUCGACGAACUAUCCCUCAAGCCUCCACGGAAGCAGCAGAAGUCCCAAGACAAGCCCGUCAAACCCAAGCCGAAACCCAAGCCUAAAGCUAGGACAUUGCCUUCACCCAAGGUCACUAAACAAAGCAUUAUCGAUACUCAGCCGAGCGACGUUAUUCUUCCCGCACCGCAAGAACCAGCGCUUCCGUCCCAACUACCUUCUACAAUAUCACGCCUCCCGUCUUCUCUUCCUCCUUCACCCGACUUGUCUUCUCCGCCCUCUUCUCCACCUGUGAUAACUCACAAACGGAAGAGGGCUCCCCCGCUUGAGUUAAAGGUUCAUGACGAUAAAACUGAUGUAGAUAUGCCCGGCGUUUCACCAUCUUCUAUGAUAACACCUCUAUUCUCUGCGCAAUUGUCGCCCGUCGUCCCACCAAUCGAUAACUCGCACACACUUGAAAAAGCCAACGAGGAGGCAGAUACCAUCGUUGCUGCGAGCAAGGGUAAGAAAAAGGGCACGAAGUCGUCUUCCCGGGCGAAGGGGAAGAAAAAAGGUCGGAAACAGGCUGACGAAGUCGAGCUCGACGAUCUUGCGCACAAAUUGCCCCCGGAUCAGCCAGCUGCAGGCAUUAGUGCUCUCGAGGAUGACGAUUUCGUUGAAGAGGCACCGAAAGUUACCUCGAAGAAGAAGGCACUACCAAAACCCACCCCCGCUACGAAAUCGAAAUCGAAACCUAAGGGAAAAGGCAAAGGGAAAGUAGUUCUCUCGGAAAGUGAGAAUGAGGACGACUACGACCCUCCUUGUUCGAGGUCACCCAACCAAGGCAGCCAUUUGCCCGAAGACGAAGCCUGUCAAGGCGACAGUCCCAAGAAGGAUUCUGUCAUGGCAGCCCCUGAGAUAACCAAGGUGCUUCAUUUCCAUACCCUUUGAUAUCCUUGCUUACAUUCUCCCCAGAAGCUUCCCCUGCAAACCAAAUUCACCGUUCUUAAACGGCCCUUCCUAUUCGCCAUUGGUGAAAUCUUCGCGAACGAUGCUUUCGCGGAUCGCACCGCUCCACCCCAACCGACGGACCCCUCCACCACCAUUACCGAGACCGCCCCCGCCGAAGAAGAGCAAGAAGCAAAUAGAGAUGGAGGAGCGUAUCGAGGAGGAGUUGUCAGAGACUGUUGAGGGGUGGUCGUGUAUGACUGACGAGGAGAGGAGGAAUUUGCGG